GAUUAUUAUAAUAAUACUAAUAUGAAUAAUAAAUUUUCACUUGAACAUGAAUGGAUAGAUAUUCGAGUACAAAUAUAUUAAAUGUAUAGCUAGCAAUGAAUUGCAAUAAUUAAUUGAUUUAAGUUAGAGAACCACAGGAGAUUAAAAAAUAAACUUUGAAAGAUUUUAUUGAAGAAUAAGAUGGAUCAUUUACUAUUGAUAAUCAAAAAGACCAUGAUUUCUAAAAUGAACUAAAAAAAAUGACUGAUUUCCAUUGUUCUUAUAAUUUAUAAAGAAUUUAAAACUACAAGGAUAAGAAAGAUAAUAGUAUUACAUAAAUAAGUGAGUCUUAUAAUUAAUCAAAUAUAUUACCUCAAUAAAUCAAACAAAAUAAAUAAUAAAUUUAGACCUUUGGGGAUAAAAAACUAUUUUUGAAUGUCAAAGGAGAAGGUUUUUAAGAAUUUAAAUUACGCUCAAUAAAAUUUAAACUAUAGUGUCCAUCCUGUCAAAUAUUUCUGCCAACUAAAAAUUAUAAUAAAUUAAAUUCUAACAUAUUAGAAUUUUAAGCUGAUUGCAAAAAAUGUUUGUAGUAAAUGAACAUUCAUUUUUAAAAACAUAUUGAAUAAUUGUCAGAAAAUCCAUCUUAAUGGUUCUUAGGUUAAAUUAAAACUUCUAAUAAUGUGGAAUUUUAAUUAAACUCCAUUGAAGUUACAGCAAUUUGCAAGUGCUUAUCUUAAAGUUCUCGAUUACCUUAUUUGUUAGUUUCAUUUGAAUAAAAAGAAAAAAUUAUUUCAUAAAAUUAACGCUUAAAAUGCUUACUAACAGAUUAAAGUAGAUAACUUUGUCAUGGAUGUGUUUAAGAAUUAAAAUUCCAACCUGCAUGGUUAAUAAUUAAAUCAUGA